AUGGAUGUCUUUCUGGACGUUCUGGAUACUUUCGUCUUCGACAAGUUCUAUGCGUCGAUCCUCCCUGCGACCAAUAUAGACAAUGGAACGCUACCCACGGGUGCGCUCUACAAUCAGCAUAUCAACCUCUACUACCCCUUGGAACCGUCGCAAUGGGUGGAGGCAAGCUCCUGGAAGCGGGAUGAUAUGGCCAGACAGGCCGUUUCGCUAUUUCUCAUCACAUGGUUCUUCGGCAUAGCCAUGUACCUCAUCGGCAGCACCAUCAUCUACCACACCCUCUUCGACAAGAACAUGCUGAACCAUCCGCGCUGUCUCCCCAACCAAAUCCAACAAGAGAUCCGUCAUGCUCUAACGACCAUGCCGACCAUGGCCAUUCUCACCGUCCCGUUCUUCCUGGCCGAGAUCCGCGGAUACUCGAAACUAUACGACUUUAGCGACGGCGCUCCAUUCCCGUUAUACCAGUGGCUGCAGUAUCCGCUUUUCAUCUGCUUCACCGACUGCGGCAUCUACUGGAUUCAUCGCGGAGAACACCACCCCUCGGUAUACAGCUGGCUGCACAAACCGCACCAUAAAUGGAUCAUGCCGACGCCGUUUGCCAGCUACGCGUUCCACCCGCUCGAUGGAUGGGGUCAGAGUCUCCCGUAUCAUAUCUUCCCGUUCAUCUUCCCGCUGCAGAAGUGUGCUUAUAUCGGGCUGUUUGUCUUCGUGACGAUGUGGACGUUAUUGAUUCAUGAUGCCGAGUAUCUGUCCAACUCGAAAGUCGUGAACGGCGCCGCUUGCCAUACCAUGCACCACCUGUACUUCAACUAUAACUAUGGUCAGUACACGACAUUCUGGGAUCGGUUUACCGGCACGUACCGCGAGCCCAAACGCGAUGGCUUCGGCGAGAAGCAAUAUUGUGCCAAGAACGCCCUUGGCAAGAGCAGCUGA